AGAAAUCAAAGGACAACUUCUCUGAGAGAAAGAAACAGCAUCUGCAAGUGCCAUGCUGUUUCUGCUACUUCCCUUGCUCACUGCUCUCUUCCCAGGAGGUGACAGUGAAGGUGGGUUUGAGGAGCCUGUCUCCUACCAUCUUAUCCAGAUAUCAUCCUUUUACAACCAUUCCUGGAAACAUCUGGGCUCAGGCUGGUUGGGGAAGCUGGAGACACACAGAUGGAACAGCAGCUCGGGUACCAUCAUUUUCCUGUAUCCCUGGUCCAGGGGCAACUUCAGUAAUAAUGAGUUGAUGGAUCUGGAAAAGUUUUUCCACACAUACUUCAUUAACCAUCAGGGAUUUUACAUUUCUCAAUUAAUGUUUAAAGAUUCCUUUGAUCUACAGGUUACACUAGGCUGUGAACUGCAUUCUGGGAAGGCAUUUGUAGGCUUCCUGCAGAUAGCAAUCCAAGGAUUUGAGUUCAUGAGCUUUCAGAAUGAAACAUUCUUACCAUCCCCAAAGGGUGGGGAAAAAGCCCAGAAAGCCUGCCUACUACUCAAUCUCAGCCCAGCCUUCAAACAUAAGAUACAUAGGCUCAUCAGUGACAUCUGCCCACGUUUCACCUUGGGUCUCCUUGAUGCAGGGAAGACUUAUCUCCAGCGACAAGUGAAGCCCGAGGCCUGGCUGUCCAGUGGCCCCAGUCCUGGGCCUGGCCAUCUGCUGCUGGUGUGCCAUGUGUCUGGAUUCUACCCAAAGCCCGUGUGGGUGAUGUGGAUGCGAGGGGAACAGGAGCAGCAGGGCACUCAGAGAGGUGACAUCCUGCCCAAUGCUGAUGGCACAUGGUAUCUCCGAGCAACCCUGGAUGUGGCAGCUGGGGAGGCAGCUGGCCUGGCCUGCAGGGUGAAGCACAGCAGCCUAGGAGGGCAGGACCUCAUCCUCCACUGGGGUGCACCUCAUAGAUCCCUGGGCUUGAUCCUCUUGGCAGUGAUAGUGGCCCUGGCUCUUCUGACAGGUCUUGGAUUUUGGCUUAGAAAACACUGGACAUACCAUGAAGCUCCUGGCAGAGCUGUCCUUUUGAAGUGAGGACCCAGCUACCCAGGUGCCCAGUCUACACCUGAACGCCACAUGCAGAUGACAUAAUAUCAACUCUCUUUGUAAACCUUUGUAAUUCAUUUUCAUUCCAUGAUCAGUUACCAAUAUAUGCUCAAUGUAAUCUUGCAGGAUUGGUUGUUCUAACCUGGUUUGUGGUGUAUUAACUCUGAAUGGAAUAGGGUGUUAGCAAUGUCUUCCUGGUAGGUAUAUUUGAUCAUCUGAUGCAUUUCAGAUAUCACACCCUCCAGAGGUCUUUCUUUAAUUCAUGGUGCGAAGUGUCUGUCCUCUGUUUCCUCACAUUUAACUCUAACCCCCAUAUCCUAGCUUCUGUGGCAGGUGUGUAGGUUCAUUUCUUCUUUUAAGUUUUUGGAAGUUUGAGAGCAAAGAACAUGCUUUUUAAGUGUGUGUAUCCCUGGUGAAUUGUCUUGCCUGCAUGUAACAUGUUCUCAAUAAAAAAAAAUUGUUGAAUUUA